UAUCUCUAUGCUUAAAAGAAGCCAAGCUAUCUAGCCAAGAUCUUCCACUUGCACACAACAUUCUCCCUUGCACCACUCAGCCAGCAGCGACCAAACACAAGCUCGUGCGAGUCAUGGGAGAUGCGCUGUGCGAUCAGCUCCUCGUCGACGUCGACGGCGAGUUCCAGCUCCCCACCGACGCUGAAGACCUAUUCAGCAUCCUCGAGACUUGGGAGGACUGCGUCAACGGCGCCGCUGCAGCGUUGAGCCCCACGGCCGGCGCCAGCAGCCGUGGUGGGCUGCUGGGCGGUUCUGCGCCGGGGAACAAAAGCAGCAAGCGGCGAGCGCGGCAGGACGAAUGUGACGGCAUAGCGCAGGCGCAGAAGAGGCAGAAGUGCUCGCCGGAGGAGGGAGGCGGCGCGGCGCCGAAGACGGCCCACAUCACGGUGGAGCGCAACCGCCGGAAGCAGAUGAACGAGCACCUGACCGUUCUGCGGUCGCUCAUGCCAUGCUUCUAUGUCAAGCGUGGUGACCAAGCAUCCAUCAUCGGAGGAGUGGUGGACUACAUCAAGGAGCUGCAGCAAGUGAAGCAGUCGCUGGAGGCCAAGAAGCAGCGCAAGGCCUACACCGAGCACGUCCUCAGCCCGCGGCCGCCGCCGUCGUCCUACAGCCCACGCCUCCCGCUCAGCCCGCUCCAUAAAUCCACGCCGCCGCUCAGCCCACUGCUCAGGUCCACUCCGCCGCUCAGCCCGCGUCUCGCCGUCCCGAUCAGCCCUGCCAGGACGCCGCCGACGCCAGGCAGUCCCUACAAGCUCCGGCCCCUGCCGCCGCCGAUCUCCGGCUCCACCUACGUGUCCCCGGCGAUGACGCCUACAGGCUACGAUGCGGCCUCCUCCUACCUCCCCUCGCUCGACGCCAUCGCCGCCGAGCUGUCGGUGUACGCCAACAGGCAGGCGCUACAGCUGCCCCCGACCGACCCACUCCCCGACGUGAGGGUGGAGUUCGCCGGCGCGAACCUGGUGCUGAAGACGGUGUCGCACCGCGCGCCGGGGCAGGCGGUGAAGAUCAUCGCCGCGCUCGAGUCACGGGCGCCGGCGCUGGAGAUCCUCCACGCCAAGAUAAGCACCAUCGACGACACCGACGUCAACGCCUUCACCGUCAAGAUUGGAAUCGAGUGCUCACUCAGCGCGGAGGAGCUGGUACAAGAGAUUCAGCAAACGUUCUCGUAAAGGUCCCGCUUCGAGUUGAACUCUUUCUUGUGUUCCUAAGAGGGCUGAAACUCGUCGAAUUGAACAGUGAAGAUGCAUGUAUUGUUACGCAUGCAUAGGUUUGUGCAUGUGUGUUUGUCUAGUAAGAUCGAAACUGAGGAUGAGCUGAGGAGCCGGGCACUUGAAUGGUCGUAGUACAGGUGGUGCUCUAGCUAUAGCUAACUAGCUAGAUCGAUCGUUUUUUGUGCUACCUGCGUACGUAUGUAACUGCAGUCGUUGAAUGGUACGUGCAUUCAUUUUCACAA